GGAGAAGGUGAAGCAGAGUAAUCAUGGUUUAUGAUACUGAAAAUGAGGAAGCAGUACCGAAAAAGGGGAGAUUUGCUGCUAUUGUUGUUUGCUGGUUCCUAGGAAAUGGCUCUCUCAUCUCAUGGAAUAGCAUGCUAACAAUUGUAGACUAUUAUGCUGAAGUAUUCCCGAGGUACCAUCCUACAAGAAUACUUACGCUAGUUUAUCAGCCUUUUGCUUUCGUGACUAUUGCAAUACUCACAUAUCAUGAAGCAAAGCUCAAUACCAGAAUGAGGAACAUAUUUGGCUACAUCCUCUUUUUCAUAAGCUCGUUUCUAUUAAUCAUUUUAGAUUUGGCAACAUCUGGAAAAGGAGGCGUUGGAGCAUUCGUAGGCAUAUGCCUUAUUAGUGCAGCUUUUGGUGUUGCUGAUGCUAAUGUCCAAGGAGGCAUGGUUGGUGAUUUGGCCCUUAUGCAACCAGAGUUUAUUCAGUCAUUCAUGGCUGGUUUGGCUGCUUCUGGAGCUUUAACAUCUGCUUUGAGGCUGAUUACAAAGGCAGGUUUUGAACACAGUCAUGAUGGUCUUCGAAAGGGAGCGAUGAUGUUCUUUGCAGUGUCAUCCUUUUUAGAGCUGCUAUGUGUUCUACUUUAUGCGUACAUCUUUCCGAAGCUACCAAUUGUCAAGUAUUAUCGAUCCAAGGCAGCUUCGGAAGGAUCAAAGACGGUUUCUGCUGACCUAGCAGCUGCUGGCGUCCAAUUGCAGAUUAAACAAGAGGCAGAAGAAGACCCAAAGCAAUACGAACGCUUGACCAUUAGACAGCUGCUAAUGCAGAACUUGGAUUAUGAAAUUGGCUUGUAUCUUAUUUAUGUUCUGACACUGUCAAUUUUCCCUGGCUUUUUGUCUGAGGAUACUGGAAAUCAUGCCCUGGGAUCAUGGUAUGUUCUUGUCUUGAUUGCAAUGUAUAAUGUGCUGGACCUUAUUGGAAGAUACACACCUCUGAUAAAAUGUCUUCGAAUAGAAUCACGGAAAGGCCUUAUGAUUGCUAUUAUUUCGCGUUUCCUAUUCAUCCCUGCAUUUUAUUUCACUGCAAAAUAUGGAGGGCAAGGUUGGAUGAUCAUGUUAACAUCGUUGUUAGGGCUCACUAAUGGUCAUCUCACUGUUUGUGUUCUAACCGAAGCACCCAAGGGAUACAAGGGACCGGAGGCAAAUGCUUUGGGAAAUGUGCUGGUUAUGUUUCUUUUGGGUGGUAUUUUUUCAGGUGUUUCGUUAGAUUGGUUAUGGCUCAUUGGAAAAGGCUGGUGAGGUGGUUGAGGUCAUAGAAAUCUGAUAAAUAUUUUUUCUAUUUGUAACUACUGUCAUUUGUAUUAGGGGAAAAAAUUAAAGAUUUCUGGUAUGAUUCUACAUCCUCGUGAAAAUGGGCAAUUUCACGAGCAAUAUAUUGAUUCUGAAUGACCGAACUGGUGAUGCUGUAUGAAAGCAGUGCUUGUCUGAAAUUUAAGAAAAAUCAGUAUGU